AUGGAGCCAAACAAUGCUAACAGUGAGGUAUCAAAGACUAGGCUGGUAUCUAAUUUGCGCCUCCUCAUCCCCCGCCUUCGUCUUCUCCAGAAGAAAGAUACCGCGUCCUCCGUUGUCCAGCGUCGCGAACUCUCCCAGCUUCUCAGUGAAGGCCGCGAACCAUCAGCGCGUAUCCGAGUCGAAAAUGUGAUCUCGACUGACAUUGCUGUGGAGGUGAUGGAAAUGGUGGAGCUCUACUGCGAGUUGUUACUGGCGCGCGCCAAUGUGCUGGACCAGCUCGCGUUCGGAGAGCAGGGCACUCGUGCCAGGCUGCGCGCUAAGGAGCUGUACAGGAAAAAGAAUCAGGCGCAAACGGGAACAGGUGCAGGAGCGACUACAGAAAGCUCCGGGUCUCGGUUUGGAUUCGGCUGGUUUUCAGGAUCGCAAAAGAAGGAGGCUGGUACCCCUGCGAUCACGUCUAGCGCAAAUAAUUCCGACGAUGCGUUGACUGAUGAAGAGAAUGCUUAUAUGGAUACUGCGUUGGAUGAGGCCGCUGUGGUUAUUUUCUAUGCGUGGCAUCGCUUUCCCCAUGAGUUGCGCGAGUUGACCAUGCUUCGGACUAUGCUUGGGGAACGAUACGGCAAAGAAUUCAUGACGCUGGCACAAGACAACAAAAUUGAUUCAGCUAAAGUGCCCGAUCGACUUUUGAAAGGAUUGCGAGUGCGUCCCCCGGGACCGGAGCUGGUGGAGAGCUAUCUGCGAGAGAUUGCGAAAGCAUACGGAGUUUCGUGGCCAGCGGACGAAGAGGAGCUCGGUGAUGCGCCACCAGAAUAUGUGGAUGACCAAGACGACGAUGACAAUGGGGAUCUGCCACAGACCCCAAGUAAGCAACAGGGAGAUCCAUCGGAACCCAGCUUCGCUGAAGCUAGACGAGCCUCCGAGCCCAGUGAAUUAAACAAGGCUACGCCUCCACGGGGCCUGGCAACGGGCCGCAGUCCCGUCAGCGUGGCCCCUCCUGCUCCCAGGACUGACAAUCCCAACCCACGAGUCAAGGUUCCUGGGGCUGAGAAAGAGGGGAAAUCCGCCAAGCAGGAUUCUGCGGCAAGCAAAAGCAAUAAUGGGAUUCCCGAGUUGGACGAGCUUACCCGUCGGUUUGCAGACCUUAAGAGAAGGCCUUAG